UCUCCUCACUCAAAUUUCAAACCAACACAUCAAAAAAAGCCCUUCUUACUUCUUUCUAAGAUCAACAAAUUAAACUCAAAAAAACCCCAAUAUUUCCAAAAUGGCAUCUUUUGUAGCUUCAGAAAAUUUCUCUAUUCUACUCCUACUAAUUAUUUCUCUUCUACAUUUGGCGUAUUCAGCGAGGAUUCUUUCCGAAUCGUCGGAUCAACUCUUCCAGUACCACAAGGGCCCACUCCUCACGGGCAAAAUCUCCAUCAACCUCAUCUGGUACGGCAAAUUCAAGCCCUCCCAGCGCGCUAUCGUCACCGAUUUCAUCACCUCCUUCACUUCCUCCAAGGUCACCGACCAACCCUCCGUCGCCACGUGGUGGCAAACCAUCGACAAGUACCAUCGCCUCGCCAAUCCCAAGAAACCUGCGCACUCCUCCCUCACCGUCUCCCUCGGCUCCCAACUCACCGACGACACCUACUCCCUUGGCAAGUCCCUCACAAGUCAAUACAUCAUACGGCUGGCAUCGAAGGGCGGCCAGAGGAACGCCAUCAACGUCGUCCUCACCUCCACUGACGUGGCAGUCGAAGGCUUCUGCUCCAGCAAGUGCGGCACCCACGGUUCCGCCAGGUCAGCAAACGUAAGAUCGAGAAAGAGUGACAAAUUCGCUUACAUCUGGGUGGGGAACUCGGAGACUCAGUGCCCCGGCCAAUGCGCGUGGCCGUUCCACCAGCCCAUCUACGGCCCACAGAGCCCACCCCUGGUGGCGCCCAACAACGACGUCGGAUUGGACGGGAUGGUGAUCAACCUGGCGAGCCUAUUGGCCGGGACGGCGACGAACCCGUUCGGAAACGGCUACUUCCAGGGUCCAAAGGAGGCUCCGUUGGAGGCCGCUUCGGCCUGCCCCGGGAUCUACGCCAAGGGGGCUUAUCCUGGCUACGCCGGCGACCUUCUUGUGGACCCCACAAGUGGGGCCAGCUACAAUGCCCGUGGUGAUAAUGGAAGGAAGUAUUUGCUUCCGGCUCUAUUCGAUCCUUCCACUUCCACCUGCUCCACUUUGGUUUGAGGAUUUGUUUGAGAGUACUUAUUGAUCAGAUAUACGUGCCUACUUGUUAGUGUAUAGAGAGAGUAUUAUUGUUAUGGGGGAGAUUAUUCUUUGAUUUUUUAUAUAAUUAUUCGUUUAUAAGACGAUUGAAUAAUAAAAAGGGGUUAUAUAUUGAGUAGUAUUAUUCGAA